UUGCCAUAGCGGCCGCGCCGCCGGCCAUGGCGGCCGAGGAGGAGGACGAUGUGGAGUGGGUGGUGGACACGAUCGCCGGCUUCCUGCGGGGGCCCGCCUGGUCCAUCCCCAUCCUGGAGUUCAUGGAGCACAACUGCGAGGUUUUUGAUGAUGAAGAAGAAAGCAAGUUGUCUUACACAGAAAUUUAUCAAGAGUACCAAGCUCUGGUGGAGAGAUUACUAGAGGACUACCUUAAAGAAGUUGGAAUUAAUGAGGAGAAAUUUCAAGAAGCUUUUUCUUCUCCUCUUGCAAAGACUCACACCUCACAGGCCAUUCUGCAAACAGUGUUGGCAGCAGAAGAUUUUAGAUUAUUUAAAAAAAUGAUGGUACAGAAAAAUAUUGAAAUGCAACUGCAAGCGAUUCGAAUCAUCAAAGAAAGAAAUGGUGUGUUGCCUGAGUGUUUGACAGAAGGUUCUGAUGUAUUCAGUGAAAUUGAAGAAGAAGAAAUGAAAAUACUCAGAGAGGUUCUAAGAAAAUCUAAGGAAGAAUAUGAAAUAGAGCAAGAGAGAAAGAAGACUGAAGAAGCACGUGCUAAACUCAAAGCUCCCGAUGUUUCCCACAAUUUUCCAGGAGAUUCGAGAGAAACUGUAAAAGUUAAAGAAUCCACUGAGGGAGCUGAGGAUUCUGAAGAAACUCCAAAAUGCCCACUAGAGGGAUCUCAUAAAUCGACAAAAGAAGACCCCAAACCAGUUUGCCCCGUACAAAAGGGAACUGAAAACUUACCUCAGCCYUCUUGUACCAAGGGGAAAGAAGACACUAAGAAAAUGCCAGCUGGAAAAAGUUCAGAAAACACAGUGCAAAAAGCUGGGGCAAAAGGACCUAAUUUAUCAGAAACUGAAAAGCAACAGCUGAAGCAACGGGAGGAUUAUCUAAAGAAAAAACGAGACCUGCUACUGGCUACAAAGAAAGAGUCAAAAAAUAGUGUUCCACCACCAACAACAAACAGUGACCAGAAAGAGGAGGAAUCACCUCCCAAACAGGAAAUGUCAGAAGAGAAGCAAAGGCUGCUCCAGAAGAGGAAGAUGCUUGCAGAAAAGCUAAAAGAAGAAGUUAUUAAUAAACGGUAGUUUUAAGAGGCUCCUUCCAGACCCCAAGAACAGAAGGAUGUUUUAGCAUACAUUAUCAGUAAGUGAAAGGACUUCCAAUUUUGCACUUGGAUUUAUAGAAGAUUCAGACAAGCAGCUCGGUACCUGGUAACUCCCUAUUGCACAUGACACUGAAACACCACAAAGACUCAUUUGCCAGAGUGCUGGAAACUCCCUGGUGUUCUGCAGCAAGGCCAUGACAUCGCUGCAGAGCACAGCCCUGAGCCUGGAGAGCGGAGGCAGAGAUGGGGAGCAGGGAAAGGAAUUCCUGUGCUAAAUACUUUUUCAUUUUAACAGUGCAGAACUUGGUUCCAUUUAUUAGCCCAUUAUAAACAAAUCGCUCUUUUUCAGCUGUUCAGUGUAAUAAAGUCUGAAUCACAAGGAAGUGCACCCUUGACCAGCUCAUUUUUGAGAAAGCCAACGUGCCUUGGGAGUCAAGACAUUCACAAAUUAACUCCAGGUUACAGUGUUUUACAGACUUUUGGGGCAGUUUCCCAGUCCCCAGGUCCAAGUUUGCUCUAAAUGCAACUUCAAGUCCAAGGAGUUGCUUUAGUGCAAAGCUGAGGCUGUUCCCAGCAAUUCACUGCCAGAGUAGCAGAAAUCUUUUGAAAUCCUUUACUGGUUUGGCUUUGCCAGACUCAGAAAGAAGCCAGGAGAGGUCCCCCUUUGCCCAUGGCAUGACCUCACUGACUGCCACAGCAACUCUCAGGAGAAGAGAYAAACRCAUCCAUUCAAGUUUCACGGAAUUUUUGUUAAAACAACUAUUACAAACAAUACAUUUUACUACAGAGUCAUUUAAUUCCUAAGUUYUACAGUUUCAAUAUGUUAAUACUUWAAACGUCUUUACAAAAAGUCUAAAACAAGUMCAGGGGGAACUAGAAUACUGCUGCCCUCUGGGAAAGAAAACCAAGGAGCAGCCCUGCAGUGGCAGCACCCAGAGCUGGAGCUGCUGCUGAACUCACCACUGAUGAAUUCACACAUCUGAGUUGAGCAGGUUGUACCCAGUUCCAUUACCCAACAGAGCAUUGAUAACUGGUUCAAAGAGGUUUCCCUGGAUGGUGUAAUGCUUAUAAAAUUCAUCUUUCAGGCCARUUAUCUUCCUCAUAAAGUGAGGAGCACCUGUAUGAAAAAUAAAUUGAAAACUGGAGCCAGGGCUCCAAUCUGCUUCUCAUGGAAAGAACUGAAACACCUGGUGUUACCAAGAGGAUGAUGCACCCCCAAACAAAGGUCUCAUUCACAUUCAUUUACAUGAAUUACAAGCUCAGGUGUACACUGGAACACCUCCCACACUCUGCACAUCAAGCCUGGAAGAAGCAAAUCAYRACAGCUCCAUACUCAAGGCCAAAAAUGUGUGUUUUGAAUUCAUCAAGACCAGGGUUCUUCUAAGCUUCGUCUCAGCCUCAAGACUCUUCAACAGCAGUUUCCCACAAGCACAUUCCCAACUGGCWUCACAGGCUGAGCCCUGGGACCAACUCUGUCGA